AUGGUUUCGGGCGGCGGUGGGGGAGCUGAAUGGCAUGGCUCAACAGGUGGUCAUGCAGGUGGACUUGUCGGAGGCAUAGGACAAUCAGAUUGCUCCGAUGAAGGAUAUUCAUGCCCAAAGUCCAAAUCUGGUGGAGGAACACAGAUAUCUGGCGGAACUGCCGCACCAACAGUAAUUUCUCCUAAUUCAAAUAGACUUAUUGGAUAUUCAGGAUUAUUUGGAAUGUCACAAUUAGACUAUAGUUCAAAUGAUAUGGGAGGAAUUGGAGGAAAUGGAUAUUAUAGUGGUGCAUCUGUGAAUUAUACAGGUUCUGGUGGUGGAGGAAGUUCUUUCAUCUCAGGAUAUGAAGGAUGUAUUGCUCUAAAUAGUUCAUUAGAUGAAACACCAAGUCCAACAAAUUCUCCAAUCCACUAUUCAGGCAUUUUCUUCACAAAUCCAAUCAUGAUCGAAGGCAACAAGAACAUGCCUCUUUAUUAUAGUCCCAUAUCACGCGGCAUUGGCAACAAAGGUCGAGGUGCCAUUCGCAUCACCAUUCUAUUAUCUCAAGCAUGUUCAUGCAACAACAAUAUAUGUUUAUAUCUCCGAUUUUCUCAUAUUCUUUAUCUUGGAUUAAUUGUUAGUUAA